CCAGCGCGGACAUGCUGUCCCGGAGGCCGGGGGCGGGAACGCGGCUGCGGGCGCAGCAGCCUCGAGGACUCGGCUCUACCAGCGCUCGAGGCUGAAGGUUCUUGCUCCUCUCCAAAGGUGGCGUACACACCAUCCCGCAUCUUCUCCCUGCCCUGAGGACGCCUUCCAGAGAAGAACCUUUUCCAGGACUUAAGGAUACGCAGGCUUCUUCCAGCAAGAAUUCAUCAGCCCGACCCGCCCCGGCUCAAAGGGAGAACCGCAGCCCUCACGCAUUCACUCCAAAGUCUGUAAUCCUCGGGCUAAAGACAGCACCCACCCGAUUACUUCUCCGCCCUUCUUAGUUUACCCAACACUCACAACCCCUCCCAAGGUAAAUUCCGCGGAGGACUCUACGAAAAGAGAGACCAAGGAGAGAGAAGUCUUGGGCGGCAGGCCUGGGCUCCCGUUGCGUGACCGCCACUUCCGACCCGGCACUGGCUCCCCGAGACUGCACGAAGGAAAGGGUACUGUGCCGAGCGGAGAUCGGGUGCGCGGCAUGAAGUUGGAGGUGUUCGUGCCCCGCGCGACCCACGGGGACAAGCCGGGCAGUGACCUGGAGGGCGCCGGCGGCAGCGACGCUCCCUCCCCGCUAUCGGUGACAGGCGACGACUCCCUGGGCUCAGACGGGGACUGUGCAGCCAACAGCCCGGCGAACGGUGACGCCGGGGAUCCAGCGAGCAGUAGCUGCGAGCCGAGCGCCAGCGGCGGGCCAGGCGCUCAGGACGACGGCCCCCCGGAUUCGGAGGGACGAACCGAAGUCAGCGCGGCGGGACGGGGCUGUGGGGACGCAGGGGGCGGUGAGGGCGCGCGCAGCAAGCCGUACACCAGGCGGCCCAAGCCCCCGUACUCGUACAUUGCACUCAUCGCCAUGGCCAUCCGCGACUCGGCGGGCGGGCGCCUGACACUAGCCGAGAUCAACGAGUACCUCAUGGGCAAAUUCCCCUUUUUCCGCGGCAGCUACACGGGCUGGCGCAACUCGGUGCGCCACAACCUCUCUCUCAACGACUGCUUCGUCAAGGUGUUGCGCGACCCCUCUCGGCCCUGGGGCAAGGACAAUUACUGGAUGCUUAACCCUAACAGCGAGUACACCUUCGCCGACGGGGUAUUUCGUCGCCGCCGCAAGCGCCUCAGCCACCGGGCAGCGGUCCCCACUCCCGGGCUGAGGCCGGAGGAGGCCCCGGCUGGUCCCGCCGCGCCCCAGACGUCCGCGCCCGUCGUCUCGGCUUCUCCGCGCGCACACUCGCCGGUCCGCCAGGAGGAGCGAGUUAGCCCCGCUGGCAAGUUCUCCAGCUCCUUCGCCAUCGACAGCAUCCUCAGCAAGCCCUUCCGCAGCCGCCGCGACUUGGACGCAGACCACGGAGUUCAGGUCUUACAGCUGCCCUGGGGCGCCGCACCGUGCGCGCCGCUGCCGGCAUACCCCGCACUCCUCCCCGCUGCGCCUGGAAGAGCCCUAUUCCCGCUGUGUGCAUACGGCGGGGCCGAUCCUGCGCUUCUGGGUGCGCGGGGGACCGAGGUGCAGCCCGCGCCGCCGCCGCCCGCACCGCAUCUUCUACUCGCGCCCCUCUCAAUCGCUGCCCCAGCCAAGCAGUUCCGCGGUCCCGCAGCCGCGCCCGGCGCGCACCUGUACUGCCCCCUGCGGCUGCCCGCCACCCUGCACGCGGCCUCGGCUUGCAGCCCGGGUCCGCACCUGCCCUACCCAGAGGAGAGGCUUCUGGCGUGAGUCCAGCGCUGAACCCAACAGGGUGGGCGCCUGGGCGCCGCGGUGGGGGCAGGGAACGAAGGCUGGAGGACUGUGCACUUUUAAUAGAGAGAAAAAGUUUUUAAAAACACAAAACUUUCCAUCAAACGUGCCUUAAAGCUAAGCGUUUUGAUAGCGUGUUUUAACUUAAUCCAGAAUAUUUUCCUUUGUCAUUUAUAACUUUACAGAGACCAAAGCAGUUCUUCUUUUCAUUCCUUGGCCAACUCUGUCCUCUCCUUCAUAAAGACUUUUCUGCCUCCCUUCUUCCAAACUGCCUAUAUUCCAACCUUUUUUGUUGCAGCAUCUACUGAUUAAUCUCUCCCCUCCCCUCCCCAAAAGAAACACAUCAGGGAAACAUUCUAUUCGAUAAAUGAUAUGACUACUGUUUGGGGUUGAAUGACCCUGCUCUUGUACGUAUGUGGCAUUCACUAAUAGACUGUGAGAAGUGUCAGUCUUCGGUUAUCUUUGUUAAAGACCAAUGCUUCACUGUGCCAUAAGAGGGGGGGACGUUGUUGGACUUUGUAAUUAAAUUAUUUAUAUAUUUUUGAAACCUGGAUUGAAAAUGUUGCAGGCAACGGCUACAGCUUUAUUAGUGGUUCUUUGACUAUGGUCUCCUUGGGCCAUGCAAUUUCUUUAAAGGAAGAGUUAACAUGUUUGUGGCGUGCCAGGACCACUGCCACAUGAAAAUAAGUGUGAUUUUUAUUUUUAAUAUUAUUUUGUGUACAUAGUCAUGUAUAAAUUUUAUGAAACCCAGGCAUAGUGCUUAUUUUUUUUUAUAAAAUUUGCAGUUGAUUUAUAUGCUUUGUAGUGACAGGUUGGAAGUACAGAAACUUUUACACCACUCCCAAAAUUACCCCAAAUAUUGGGAAGCAGCUUUCAGGUUUCUUUACCGAACAAGCCAUACAAAUGUCCAGAAUGGGCCUUUCACAGACAAAAUUUCUUAAACAAGAACCCAAUUGCCUCUUUAAGUCCUCACUGAAGAGUAACCACAGCAAGUAAGUGCUCAUGACUCUCCAAGAAUUCUUUAGUAGGCAGGUUGAGGUACUAACAAGCUUAUAGUUAAGUAGAUAUUUUCAAGUAAAUGAUUCUUAUUUGGGUUCAAAGAGCUGGAACUUGAUCUUGGCAUAAAACUGUGCUAACCACCAAAAAUGUCUUCAGGCAGUUUCCACAGCGACAUGAAUGUCAGUGUUUUUGUCUAAACAAAACCACUCAGCUUUUUAGGAGUGCAAAAGUUCAUUUGGGUGUGACCCAAUCAGCAUUUUGUCUUCUUCAUUGCUAGAGGUGGACACCUGCUUCCUAGGACAAUUCCCAGCAGUUUAUUAAUUGCAAAGUUCUAAAAAGUAAUGCAAAUGGUGAGAAAUUUAGACAGGCAACCAAGACCUUCUCCCCUCUCCCCCUACCAUCCUUAAGUAAAGCCCAUCUUAUGAUGUGAAGAUUGUCUAGUAUCUACAUCCAAUGAGAUCAGAAAAUUGAAUGGAGCUUACACAAGGAGGUUCCUGUUUGGGUCAGGAAUGGAAAAAGAAAGCCCAUGCCAAAAACUAGCAAGUAACUAGUAGGGAAUGACUUGGGUUUUUCUUAUUUAGUCGUCAUAAAGAGUGAUAAUAACAGGGUUGAAUUAUGACAGAAGGUAAACAUAUGUACCCUCAAGGCUGACAAUUAGACAAGAAGAUAAAACUGAAACUGAUCAGCUGGGGGAAGGGACACCGAGUUUAUUUGGUAGAGAUUACUAGGUUCAACAUUUGCUUUCCUUGUAGAAACUACACGAGGAAAUCUAGAGGGAGCAACUGAAGGCAGCCAGCAUCUCUCCAACUGUGUGCCUCACUCCUUAAGAGUGCUGCCUACCUUUGCCUCCUUGUUGUAAAGCCCUGUUUUCAUUUCCACAUUGAUACAUGAACAAUCUGAUUUCUGUCUGGCUGUGUAAGUGUUUUGCCUUUUACUUACUAAAAUUGCUGCUAGUUCAUUUAUGAUAAACGUAGAAACAACAAUGAGAAAAAGAGAAAGGUGAGUUUUAAAAUUAACAUUUGUUUUCAUCUCCCCUAAAAAAUAAAAAUAUUUCCUUUGUCAUGAA